UACACCGCCUUGUGCGCAGCGCGGCUUCCGGCCCCAGCAGCCGGCGAGCCCGCGGCACCUGCGCGGCCGGGCGGGGGGUGCCGCCGCGAUGCUGGUGGCGGCGGCCGCCGAGCGGAACAAGGAUCCCAUCCUGCGCGUGCUGCGGCAGUACCUGGACCCGGCCCAGCGCGGAGUCCGCGUGCUCGAGGCGGCCUCGGGCUCCGGCCAGCACGUGGCUCACUUCGCGCGGGCCUUCCCCCUCGCCGAGUGGCAGCCGUCGGACGUGGACCAGCGGUGCCUGGACAGCAUCUCGGCCACCACUCAGGCCCAGGGGCUGUCCAACGUGAAGGCGCCGCUGUACUUGGAUGUGACCUGGGGCUGGGAGCAGUGGGGUGGAAUCCUGCCCCAGUCUCUGGACCUGCUGCUGUGCAUCAACAUGGCUCACAUCAGUCCCCUGAGCUGCACCAAGGGCCUGUUCAGAGCAGCAGGGCACCUGCUCAAGCCCAAGGCGCUGCUGAUCACCUACGGGGAACCCAGAGUGGGGUCUGCGGGACACAGCCCUCUUGGAGGAACUGGGCCAGGCCAGUGGCCUGCUCCUAGAGAGGAUGGUGGACAUGCCAGCCAACAACAAGUGCCUGAUUUUCCGGAAGGAGUGACCCUUUCCCACCAAGGCUCAACCAAGACCUUCAGCCCCUGGCCCCGUCCCAUCUGGAGAGUCUUACCCAGCAGCCACAGGGCUGGGGAGAGCCUGGACCCCAGCCUGCCUCUAAUAAAAGCGUGUCCUGUUCCCCCUGCCCCACAUCCACCAUGCCACCUCCUGGAUGCACUCCCUCUUCGGGGGGCAGGAUGUUUCCCGGGUUCCUGCUGGAGGCAGGAAGUGGGCUGGUCUGGGAGUCAGGGCUCAGGGGUCUCCCAGCCUGCCUGGAGCUCCGGCAGCAGAGGGUGAGGGAGGGAAGGAGGCUGGCCCAGCGGCAGGUGCCUGGGCAGGGCCCAGCGGGCCUAACUGCCACUGGGCAAGCCCAUGCCCUCCCAGCACAGGGACAGGGGAGGCUUCG